AUGAACGCCGUCCGCCAGCAGAUCCAGCAGCCCUCCUCCCUCAACAGCCUCGCCGCCGCUGAGGACGAGUUUGCCCACACCGACCCCGCUGCAUGGGGCAGUAUGGCUGGUUUCGGCAACCUCUCUAGGACCGGUGGCAUCGAGUCUAUGAGCAUUCCCCGAGUCUUGGAUCCAACUGCCUUCCUAGACAUGCACACGGACUCCAUGUCCGCCAACCCAGAGGCCAAGAUCAAGAUUGCCCACGGAACCACCACCCUCGCUUUCCGAUUCCAAGGAGGUAUCAUUGUCUCUGUCGACUCUAGGGCCACUGCGGGAAGCUAUGUCGCCUCCGGUACUGUCAAAAAGGUCAUCGAAAUCAACAAGUUCUUGCUCGGCACUAUGGCCGGUGGUGCCGCCGACUGUCAAUACUGGGAAACAUACUUGGGUAUGCAAUGUCGACUGUACGAAUUAAGAAACAAGGAGCGAAUCUCUGUGGCGGCUGCCUCAAAAAUCCUUUCCAACAUCGUGUACCAGUACAAGGGGAUGGGUCUGAGUAUGGGUACCAUGGUGUGCGGCUGGGACAAGACAGGUCCCCGAAUCUUCUAUGUCGACGAUGAUGGACAGCGACUCACCAGCGACAUCUUCUCUGUGGGGUCCGGUAGUACCUUUGCGUACGGUGUUCUCGACCAGGCAAGUCAAGCCUACGGUUACAGAUGGGACCUCACCGACGAAGAAGCGCAGGAGCUCGGAAGACGGUCAAUCGUUGCGGCCGGCCACCGAGACGCCUUCUCCGGUAACACCAACAACCUUUACCAUGUCAGAGAGAAUGGUUGGGAAUUCAUCGGAAACUACGAUAUCAACGAGCUGUGGUACGAAUACGAAGGCAAGAAGAAGGCGGCGCGAGAAGCUGCCACCGAGGCGUCUCCUAUGGUGGUGGAGUCAUAG